CCUGUAGUUGCUGUAAUGGCCGCUCGUCACUCGGCUUUCCUCACAGGUAAUAGAGCUGCGUGUAUUGUGUGACACGUCCCUGCGCCUGGCGCCAUCCAGCCAGUCAUGUGACACCGCCCUCCCUCCUUCCCCCUGACUUGUCCGUACGUGCGGACGUCACAGCCAGGCCCGUCUGCCCGCCCAGCCGGUGUGCCCAGCAUCAGCCUCCAGUACUGCGCGCGUAUAGGAGAGCACGGGGAGCGGGGCAUUGUGGGGAGGAUGGAUCAGUCCAGCCACAGUCUGCUUCUGCUCCAGCAGCUGAAUAUGCAGCGAGAGUUUGGCUUCCUCUGUGACUGCACAGUGGCUAUCGGGGAUGUGUAUUUUAAAGCGCACAGGGCCGUUCUUGCCGCCUUUUCCAACUAUUUCAAGAUGAUCUUCAUCCACCAAACCAGUGAAUGCAUUAAAAUUCAGCCGACGGACAUCCAGCCGGACAUAUUCAGCUUCCUUUUACACGUCAUGUACACAGGGAAGAGCCCCAAGCAAAGUGUAGACCAGUACAGAUUGGAGGAAGGAGUGAAAUUCCUACAUGCUAAUCUCUUCACGUCACCGGCCAGUGAGCCAACACAAGUGCUACCGUCAGACACCAUACAGACCUCUAACCUAUAUGGAAUCCAGAUAUCAACGGCACAAAAAGCACCAAAGGAAAGCCUUCAUAUGAGGAAGAACCAGCCGAGUGCAACAAGACCCAUCCCGCAAGGAGAACAUCCCCAGCUACAGUUGUCCCUUGCUAUUGGACUAGAAGGCGUAGGUUCGGAGCAGCAAAGUUCACAUUUUACCAGCCAAAUCGGCACCACAGUGCAGUCAAUAGAAGACAUUCAGAAGAGCGUGAGGUCCAUAAAGCAGGAGUCCAGCGAAUCUGAAUCUAUGAGUUCCCCGAACAACUCGCUUCCACCAUCAGACGAGGUUGAACCAAACCUCAUUACAUCGAGCAACAGAGUGUACUCCUGCCAUUACUGCGGCGAGCACUUCGAGUCCCGCGUUACGUUGAGAGAUCACUUGCAUAUUCACGUGUCUCAGUCGCUUCCAUUUGGAGUCCCAACGUCUAUUCUAGAGAGUGACGAUCUGGGUGAAGUGCGUCCCAUACUUGAAAACAUUGAGAAUGCUGACACUUGCCGGCUUGGGGGCUACCUUCUGAACCGAACUGAGGAGCCACUUCUGAGCGCGAACCACGCAGAACAGCUCCAACUCAACCAAUUGUCUUUCCUCACAAAAGACGCAGAUCCUAUAGAACUAAACUUCUCGUUUUUACGGAAGAGGAAAUUCAGUUGCACGGUGUGUGGACACAGAUUCGCCAGACGAAGCCAGUUGCUGGAGCACGUACACACUCAUAAAACAAAGCCACACAAGUACCAGAGGAUUGAUAACUUGGUGGAGCAGAACUUGCACAGCUACUGUAGUAACAUUACUGAUAUCAGCCAGAAAGAGCCUGACCUGCUGCUGGAUCCUCCCGAGUUCCUUGGAGAAGAGGAGCCCACGGAUUCACAGGAAAAUGUGGAAUCUGUUCUAGUAGAAUAAAAUACGUGUGUGUAUUUUCUGUGAAGAAAUCCUUCAGUGCUUUCCAGCUCAAAAUCAUUUUGUUGACAGAGUUAAACCUUUUAGCUCACUGUAAUUAUAUUUGAAAACUAGUUUAUGGGUGUUAUCCCACGAUUAAAGGGAUUUUCCAGACUUUUUAUAUUGUUGACCUAAUCUAUUGUUUGAAGGCACUCCAGCUUGCCGUACAAGCCACUAUACUUUGUUUUGCAGGGUUGUUCAAUUCACUUACAGGGGUUAUAUCAUCUCAAACAUUGGUGGUUUAUCGCUAGGAUAUGCCACCAAUGUCUGAUAGAGGCCGGUUCCGCCUCUGGGACCCUCACCUAUCUCUAGAACCGAGCCCGCAAAGUAAUGUAGAGCGGACAGAGCAGCAGCUACCCUCUAUUAAUUUCACAGCGCACCGCGCAAGAGCAGCCACCAUUCACUUCUAUGAGGCUUACGUAAAUAACCCAGCCGGUGCUCAGCUAUUUUUGCCACUCUUAUAGAAAUGAAUGGAGGGCGGCCAUGCAUGUGCUCCUUCAAAGUCGGGCAUAUCUAGAUUCUGCUCAGAGACGAGGGAAAUUAAGACAAAAGGAGGGGGCGCACAAUAGGGUAGUACGUUCAACACAAAUGCGAGAAAAUUAAAAGACAAAGGUGCUAACCUUUUAGGGUUGUGCUGCUGAUAGGCACAACCCUAUUGUAGGCUUGUAUAGUUUAGACCCUUUAACCAGGACUGCAGCCGCAGAAGAAAUUUAUUUGGGAUCGGAUGCCCAAUCCCCCAAAGGAUACUUGUCGAAGAGAGAAUUCUGGUCAGGCGCAAAAUCUCUGGUAGAGACGGUCUUAAUGAUCAGCUACAGACCUUUAUUUGAAGGUAGCGCAU